ACGCAGAAUCAGAUUCGACCUACAAAUUGGAAUAUAAAUACCCAAAGAUUGUAGAGGGACUACACUGCAUGUUUUCAAAGGAUCCCAAAUUGCCGAUCACAGUAAUCCACGAUUUUGCAAUUUGGGUACAGAGGCAGAGCAUUUGGUAUCAGUAAGUUAUGGCUACUUCACUCCAUCCUUUUUCACGUCGGCUAAACAGAGAGGAGCACUACAGCUCCAAGACGGUCACUCUUGUCAAUAGUAGACUGUUUAUAGCCUCUGCAUUUAUCUUCACUGUGAUUAUCUUCAUGGCUGCACUCGCAACUUUUAUACUUUGUUUCAAACGAUUCUGCAUUCGUCGACUGCCAUUGGAAAGCGAUGAAAUCUCCAUCGGCCUUCCACAGAAAAAAUCAGUUACAGAAAGUUUUCCUGUGUUUGUGUAUGAACGUAAGAAUUACAAAGAGCAGAGGCUGGAGUGCGCGGUUUGUUUGAGUGAGUUUGAAGAGGAAGAGAAGGGAAGAAUUUUGCCUGUGUGUAAUCACAGCUUUCAUGUCGACUGCAUCGACAGGUGGUUUGAGUCGCAGUCGACAUGUCCAAUUUGUCGAGUCAAUGCCCAGGUCGACACUUUGUCGGCUGCCGUCGUCAUGGUAGACGCGUAAAUCAGUUGUUUCUUAAAGCGCGUACUUUACGUGUAAACUUCUGUACAUCAAGCCACAAUAGUAAAUCGAAGGCGUAUAUAUGUAAGGAUAGAUAUCAUAGCACUACUCAAUCCUUAUCCUGUAUAUAGCAAGCUUUUAACUUGUAAU